AUGGACAGCAACGCCAAAACUGAAACCGCAUUCAACUCUGAGCAAGUAACUGGCGUCAUUAAAGAAAUUGUCGAAACUACUUUGUCUGACUCAGAGUACUCUCACUCCAAAGUACCUGCUUGGAACGCCAACAUCAUCGAGACAUGCAUUGCUAGAUUGAAGUCAAUCAGCACAAAUUACAAAUACAUAGUUCAUUGCGUGAUUCUUCAAAAUAAGGGUGCUGGCUUCUACGUUGGAAGCCAAGUUUACUGGGAUAACCAAAACGACGGCAAUGCAAGCUAUAGACAUGAAUCAAGAACGAUGUAUGCCAUUGUCAAUGUCUAUGCUUUGAGCAUCAAUUAA